AAGUCCACUUCACACGUACUACGGUCGCGAGAGAUUUUACUUUAUACAGGUUUCUCAUCCGCUUUCCUUUCUUUUUUUCUCUUCUUCAAAUUGAAGCUUUCAUAGCUUUAAGAAAAAGUGGUGGGCAUUCCUUCUAAGUUGUAUCUUUCACAAUCUCUCUCUCUCUCUUUCUUGGGGUUGUUUAAGGCUAUCUGGGCUCCCCCCAUAUUGUUUUGUUGAAGCUUUUGAUUAUCUUGGUGUUUCUCUGCAUCUGGGGUUUCAUGGAGGCCCUCCUUCUUUUGCUCACCCCAACCGUCCCUACAUUCUUCCUGAUGUUUCUGUUGGUUUAUCUCUUUGCUUUCUUUCUGGUUUUUCGCAACUGGGAUCCAAAGCAUCGACGAGAAGCUUCGAGCUGCUUCCUUUCUUUAAGUCACGGCACUCCUGCCGUUAUCAUGGCCGUCCAUGCACUAACACGCGCCCCAACCCCACGUAGUUUUGCUUCUCCAAACGCCGCCUUCCAAAACGUUGUACUGGAAUUCAGUACCGCUUACUUCUUAAUGGACCUCCUCCACUACAUGGUCUUCUUCCCCAACGACAUCCUCUUCAUCAGUCACCAUUUAGCCACGCUAUAUGUGUUUGCGACCUGUCGCUUUGUGGUUCACCACGGCGCGUUCGCGAUUCUUGUGCUUCUUGUUCUCGCCGAGGUUACCAGUUCUUGCCAGAACGUUCGCAGUAUUGCUAGUUUGCGGAGAGCUGAUGCACCUGCAGCUGCGAAAUUGUAUGAAUUUUUGUCCCUUCCUUUUUAUGCCUUUUAUUCUGUUGUUAGAGGGAUUUUGGGGACGCUCGUCGUUUAUAAGAUGGGGGUGUUUUAUGCAAGUGGGGCUGCUGCAGGGAAUAUGAUUCCCAAAUGGGCAUGGGUUUCUUGGAUGGUUGUGAUUGUUGCUGCAAUCUUGGUUAGCAUACUGUGGGUUUUGAAUCUAUGGAUGGAUUGGUUCAGAGAGAGAAGUCGCAGGGGGCAGAAGAAAGUCAAGUAAGAUCUUUGGGAAUCGAGAUUAUGGGUUUCAUCAAUUAUCCCAGAUGUACGUAGUUCGGUGGCUUGUAGUCAAACAAUUGGGUGAUUUAGUGAUGGGAUGUUACCCCAUUUACCUGUAUAUAAUCAUGUGAUCUGCAUUUUUUAUUUGUUGCAAUGAAGAUAUGUGCUUUCAGGAAGCAGGGUACUAGUAAUUCUUUU